AAAUGCCCUAGAUCGGACGGUUGCCAAAGCCAGAUCAAAAACCCGUGCCUUGUAUAAAAACUUUGCUCCUCGCUUUCUCGCCUCUUCUCUCACUCCUUGCUGUGCGGCGGAUUCGUUCUUCCCGUCGACCUCAAGAUGCCGUUCAAGCGAUAUGUGGAGAUCGGAAGGGUUGCUCUUGUGAACUACGGGAAGGAGUAUGGAAGGCUCGUCGUCAUCGUCGACGUUAUCGAUCAGAACAGGGCUUUGGUGGAUGCUCCUGAUAUGGUGCGUGGCCAAAUUAACUUUAAGAGGCUUUCUCUUACUGAUAUAAAAAUUGACAUUCCCCGAGUUCCUAAGAAGAAGACCCUCAUUCAAGCCAUGGAAGUUGCUGAUGUGAAGAAUAAAUGGGAGAACAGCUCGUGGGGCAGGAAGCUUAUCGUGCAGAAGAGGAGAGCCGCACUAAAUGACUUUGACAGGUUCAAGGUCAUGGUGGCCAAGAUUAAGAGAGGACGUGCCAUCAGGCAAAAACUGGGCAGGCUCAAAAGGGAAAAUGCAGUCUGAGCUUAUCAGGACUAAUCCGUGAAUUUUGAUUAGGUUUCUGAUCCUGUGCUGGUGUUGAAGUCUUGCAUAGAGUUUGUAGUAAACUCGUUUCCUUGUUUAGAACUUGAAUUUUUUCAAAUACUCUGAAUUAAAAAUUUACAGUCUUCUCGGCAAUGAUCCACCUGAAAUAUUUAUUUGAAAUUAUAUUGAUAUUCUUUUUGCUUUA